AUGCAAGUCUACACGGAUAGAACCAUCAAAGCCAACAAGCCUGACAUCAUUAUCAAAAACAAGAAAGAGAAAUCCUGUAUGCUAAUCGACAUGGCAGUACUACCUGACCGUAACACACCCGUUAAAGUAGCAGAGAAACUCUCCAGGUAUAAAGAUCUGGAAACUGAGAUGACAAGAAAGUGGGGAAUGAAGACGCAAACUGUGCCAGCUGUCAUUGAAGCACUGGGAGUAAUCAAGGAAGGCAUCGACAAGCAAAUCAGCAAAAUAUCUGCAAACAUCAACGUCGCCGAAUUGCAAAAGAUCGCUCGGCUAAGAUCCGCCCUUAUCCUUCGAAAACACUGUCAUCCAGAAGCUCAGUCUUUCGAAACUUUUGUUGGAAGUUACAAGGACUGA